AGACAAGUGAGAAAAGAAGGGCAUUGAAACUCACCACCCGGGUCGCAGUGAAUUGACAACUUCCAACUGUGUGGUGGCUUUUCUUGAGAAUUAAAGAUUCCAAUUGAAAAGCUCGAACGACGGAAGUGCGGUAAAUCUCUAUAACAAGAGCGAAGAAAAAUGGGAGUCCCAGGUGCAAGAAAUCCGGAAGCUAUGGAAGUGGAGGUGGCGAGUACGGAGGUGGUGAACGGAGAGGGAGAUACGGGUGACAAGAAAGACACGGAUUUGACGACGAUUCAUGAUUUGCGCGAGCACACAAGGCAGAUAGAAAAGGCGGUCCAGAACAAAGAGCCCAGAUUUAUAUUGAGGGCGUUGCGGGCGUUACCGAAUACACGUCGGAAGCUGAAUCCGACUGUGCUGCGAGGAGUCAUCGGUGGAUUUUACACAAGAUCAGCAACGGAGCGGGAGGCUCUGUUAGCUUGGGUGGAAGAGCCGAUGGACAUGGAGGGAACUCAAGCUGCGAUCCAGCGUUUCCGUAGCUCAGCAUUGCCCCUUUUGCCUGAGAUCGACGCGUACAUCCACUUGUUGGUCCUCGUGCGUUUAAUAGACACGAGAAAGUACAACGAAGCUGUGCAAUGCUCCGAGGCGUUGGUACAAAAGAUAACCGCCCAGAAUCGUCGGACGAUAGAUCUCAUUGCAGCGAAAUGCUAUUUCUAUCAUUCACGCGCUUACGAGCUGACCAAUCAGCUCGACAAGAUCCGUGGUUUUCUGCAUUUACGUUUGCGCACGACGACCCUUAGGAACGAUUUCGAAGGUCAAGCCGUGCUCAUCAAUUGCCUCCUUCGAAAUUAUUUGCACUACAAUCUUUACGACCAAGCGGACAAGCUCGUGCUCAAAUCUACUUUCCCCGAAUCCGCGAGCAACAACGAAUGCGCGAGAUUCUUAUAUUACGUCGGUAGAAUAAAAGCGGCGCGACUGGAAUACUCAACCGCUCACAAGUAUCUCGUGCAAGCGAUGAGAAAAGCCCCGCAAACAACCGCCGUCGGGUUCCGUCAAACCGUCCAAAAGUUGGCCGUCACCGUUGAACUGUUGCUCGGCGAUAUUCCCGAACGUCAGAUUUUCCGACAGGCUGCCCUCCGCCGGGCUCUCGCACCUUACUUCCAGCUGACUCAGGCCGUGCGCCUCGGAAAUCUCCAACGGUUCGGCGAAGUUCUCGAAAAUUUUGGUCCCCAAUUUCGCACCGAUCAUACCUUCACUCUGAUUCUACGGUUGAGACACAACGUCAUUAAAACCGCAAUACGAUCGAUCGGAUUGUCCUAUUCGAGAAUAUCCUCCGGCGAUAUCGCAAGGAAAUUGGGCCUCGAUUCCGGCGUCGACGCUGAAUUCAUCGUUGCCAAAGCCAUCCGCGAUGGAGUCAUCGAGGCGACUCUCGAUCCCGAAAACGGCUACAUGCGCAGCAAAGAAACUACCGACAUUUAUUGCACCCGCGAACCUCUCCUCGCUUUUCAUCAACGCAUCACUUUCUGCCUCGAUCUUCACAACGAAAGUGUCAAGGCCAUGCGCUAUCCCCCGAAAUCGUACGGGAAGGACCUCGAGUCCGCCGAGGAACGCAGGGAAAGGGAACAGCAGGAUUUGGAACUUGCUAAGGAAAUGGCCGAGGAAGACGACGACGGAUUCGCCUAAAUCACAUUUUUACACAGCUAUUAAAAUACGCAUACGUGAAUCACAGACAAUUUAUUGCUAUCAUCGUCAUACAGCGCUGUUGAACGUCAACUUUACUUCGUUGGAUGCUGUAUCGUUAUUCAAAUAUUCAAAUGAAUAAAAAAUCCAUUUCGAUA